AUGAAUACUUCUGACAUACGAGGUAAAGAGAGAAAGAGCAGGAGAACACAUAAAAAUUCCAGGGAUGGGUGUCCCAAUUGCAAGCAGAAGAGAAUAAAAUGUUCGGAGGAGUUGCCAGCAUGUCACAUUUGUAUAAAGAAAAACUACCGUUGCGGAUACCUUGACUAUAGUGAAGACAAGUUGGAGAAGUUGCGCAAAAAGAACCGAGACAAACAGCAUUCACAUAUCACAACCCGUGAUGUGAACAAUUCCGGACAGCCUCAUUUAUACAACCAUACCCAAGCCAACAACACUGACCAAGCGAGUGGUAACCUCAACUUCCAUUACACUGUUUCUCAAGGAGUUGCUAUUACUCAGGAUCGACCGCCUCACGAGUUCACUCAUUCAAGCGAAAACCAGGCGCCAAGUCAGCAACUUGCACACCCCCCACAACCCACGGUGUUUACCAACGAUGGACCAGCGAGGAUUGAGCCACCACAAGGCUUCAACUCCGAUGCAAUGAGCGGAAGCUUUUCCCAGACCUACCCACUCAACCAGGCCCCCCUUAUGAACCAAAACACAUCGGAGAUUGUGCACGGCGACAAUCUUGUCGUGAUAUCCCCAUUCACCGGUCAAAACAUGUCGAUAGAUUCGUCCCCGUACUCAGAUACACCAAACAAUGUGGACCAACUAUUUUCAAGUUAUUUUCCAACUUUUAUUCCCAACCAAUCUAUAAAUUCAACAACUCCACCAAAUAUCUUUGAAAAUGCUGUGGAGAAAGACUAUAACCACUUCAACAAUGCUCCACUCGGGAAUGAAGAUUUGAAUUUGGUGGUGUUCACUGAUUCAAUAAGAAAAUUAUCCCAUUUUGCACCACCAGAACUAUACGUGGCUCCUGAAUUCACGGAAGUGACCAAUUCCAACAUAGACCAAAACAGUGAAGAAGCCUCACAAAAGCAAUGGGACGAUGUUGGUAUAACAACAAGCCAUUUGGAGCGGGCGCAAGAUGAUAUAAAGCCCCGAAUGAUACAUUCACGUCGUAGCGGGGAAAACGGCGAUGAAGACGGUGGGGGCAACAGUGGAUACCUCGAAAGUAGUGCCAUGUGGCUGUCAGAUGAACCAUUGCCAAAUGCAAAGAGAUCUAGCAUUGUGUUCAAAGUAUUGAAACACCCAGAUCGUAUAAAAAGGUUAUUUACAACAACAGCAAACAAAUUUCGACCUGAACCAAACCAGUACUCGUUGCUGCUACGUCAUCCUGACUGGACUAGAAAGAAUAACAACGACUUGUGGACUAUUACACUCGGUGAGGCACUUUCUUCGAACCAAGCAUUCUGUUUAUUUUUUAUCGAUCGUGGGCUUUGCGUUAUCUUGAGAGUGUGUGACAAAUCGGUGAAAUCGAGCAGCAGUGUCUCCUGUUUUACUCCAGAAAUACAGCGAAUUUUGACAAGAAAGUCGUAUGCCUAUUUCGGACGUAUAAUCAAAAAUUUGAGGGAGUCUGUCAAUGAGGUUGAUAUUCAGACCACAACAAUUGGAUCGUGGUACGCAGGAUGGUCUCUGGUUCUUCAAAAACGAGCCAGUGUUAAGUCAACAACUCUAUUUUAUGGUGGCUCCGCAUCACUCUUGUGGAGUUGUUUAAGUGAAUGUAAAGACUUCAACGACCUUGACCCACGAUUGAGAUUCAUAACGUAUGCUGUUAAAAAUCAUACAUCUUGUGCAGUUAUUCCUGACUACAACAUAAGCGUGAUUUCAAACAUACAGGAGACAUUUUUGACGAUGAAAAAGUUUAUAAACUACAACACAGACUUGACAAGCCCCAAUAAUGGAUACAUUCUCAAGUACUUUGUCGAGUUGGAAAAGUUCCUAGACUAUUUACUCGAAGAUUUGCAUCCACGUUUCGUCUACAUAGAUCAAUUUUACAAGGGGAAAUACAAGGUUGGCAACAAGGAUGAGCUUGGUAUACGGUAUUUUUCGCCAUCUUUAUUCCAUGAGCUCAUAAAUCGUUGGCUCAGAAUUAUACCCAGUCAUGCCCGCUCCAUCGGAAGAGAAAUGUCGCCUCUCAAGCGCACGUUCUAUCUUUUCUACAUUGCCAUUGCUAAAUCUUUAGCAAACGUGUUUCCCAUCAUUCGGAGUGCCUUUUUGGUCGACACAUGGGAUGCGUUAUAUCCACAAACUGAUUUUGACUACAGCCUUUUUCAAAUCCAAAGAGAUAGAGUGUCUGACGAGGCUCAGUACAACUUUUUAUCCAACUGCACCUCCAAACUAUUGCGGAUAAUAAAGUUUUUCAACACAAGGCAACAAAUAAUUGCUCACGUAUUGUCAGCGGACACAGUACUUACAUCUGGAAAGUGCUUCAUUGAAUCUGUACAGUCAGAGCAUGAUGAAAGUAGGGAACCAAUGCAAGAUAUAGCCGUCAUGACCCCGGAGAAAAGGGAAUUCGGAGAAGUUAUGUUGAAAAACUUUACCAUAAAUACAAUCUUGAAUAUUUCGAAUUACCCGAAAUUGGUGGAGUUUGGCAGUAACCUGCCCAAGGGCUCUGACUUGCGAAAAAUGGUGGAACGUGAGAAUCAUAGACAGAAAGUACGCAUUGAGGAGUACAGGGCAAAAUACAGGAACGCUAGUGGCACGUUUGAAGACAAUAAGGACCACAAAACUAAUGUGAACCAUGCAUACGACUUUGAUUUUGAUAAAGGCAUGUUUCUGUUUGAUUAUGCUGUAGAGCCUAUACUUACACAUUAUUUCAAAGAAAUCGAAAGGGUAUCACGAAAAGACAAUGUGUCGAUAGAGGAGCUAGAAGGACAAAUAUCAAAUUUUGAAUUAUCUUUCAAGAACAUGUUCCAUAGCAUUGAACUUGGUGCCAAUAAUUAA